GUGGACGCCGAAUCGUUCAAUUGGGCUCCAGUCAUAUUCAUUGUGGUCAUCAUAGCCGCAAUGAUCACGUAUGCCGUGCAGGGCCGGCAUGUGUACGAUGGACCUGUCAGCUUAGUGAAACGGCUAUAAUAAUAGUGAUCGGAAAUUGACGGCUGUCGCCCAGCAUGGUGAAAGUUCAUAUGGCCUUGUCGCUGCUUCUCCCAAGGCCGGGUGGAGGUUAAAGAGGAAGGGAAGAAUACUGCCAUUGCUCGAUGUCGCCUGCUGAGGCCUAAUCCUUCACCUCCGAAAGAUCUCACGCCCGCCGACGGACUGUUGCAGCGAGCUGGAUACCCGAGCGAAAGACUGGAAGAUACGAGAAGGAUGACAAUGAAUGGUCAAAAGGCACUAGGAGGCGCGAUCCUCCAAACAAAGCCCCUCUGCCAUUGAUGCUGUACCAUGACGCCAGAAACCGGCAUGCAAGUAGGAUCCGAUGGGACUGGUGAAUCACUCGCACCAAGUGCUACGCAUAAUGAGCAGGCUAUCGUGGAAAUCUCCGCACAGGACGAAGGCUGGAUGAAGAUGAAGAUGCCAGACGAACCAAGUGCCGCGAUAUGAUACCUAAGGAUGCAUUUGCAAGAGCGGACUACAAGGCUUUCGGGCUCAUCGGACGUGCUGGGUCAUUUCACGUAUCUGCAGAAAACGUACAUUGGUACGGAUGACAACGAGGCCAAAGCAGGCAACGUAGCGCAUACUGAAAGCAUUUCUUCAUCCC